AUGCGUUUCUCAACCAUCAUCACUUUGCUCGCUGCGUCCUACGCUACUGCCAUGCCCGUAGACGCAAAGGACGGCGACGGAAAGGGCGGAAAGGGUGGUGAUAUUGCUGCCUGCGAGACGAAGGCAGCUGCGGAUCAAGUUGCCUGUAUCAAUGGAUGUGCCAAGGACGCCGCAUGCAUAACCGCGUGUACCUCCGUUGCCGUCAAGGAGUAUACCUCAUGCGCCGGUGUCUGA